UCGCUUCCUGCCAGGAUGCACCUCGACCAGAAACGUAGCCGCUAUCGACAGCAUUUGGUUCCGCUGUCGAAAUGGCCUCGUCUGCUCGACCUGCCUUAAAUGCCAAAUGAUUUCCUACCUUUUUGGGACUCGUCCUAGAAAUAUAUCUAUAGUCCAUCCCGAGCUGCUGCCAAGGACCUGUGGGGAGUAUUUUUUCACCGUACUUUGAGGAGUGACGAGGCAGAGAAAAAACAAUGCCACAUUUCUUGUGGCCAGAGCCGCUGUCCCCCGCACAACUCAAGCGGCUGGAGGAGCAUAAAUACAGCGCCUCCGGUCGCUCCCUGUUCGAGCCACCGUGUCAGAUCUAUUGGAACUGGCUGGUCCAGCAAAUACCGACAUGGAUUGCGCCAAACACACUGACUAUUGUGGGACUGUUGGUCAAUAUCCUGACCACGGUGGUGCUCGUGUUUUAUUGCCCAACGGCAACAGAGGAGGCUCCAUCAUGGGCCUUCCUCCUGUCUGCCCUGGGACUCUUCAUCUACCAGUCUCUGGAUGCUAUUGAUGGGAAACAGGCCAGGAGGACAAACAGCAGCUCAGCACUGGGGGAACUCUUUGACCACGGCUGUGAUGCCGUCUCCACAGUCUUUGUUGCUGUGGGAACAUGCAUUUCAUGUGGAAUAGGAGGACUCUCAGACUGGAUGUUUUUCUGUGGUUUCAUCGGGAUGUUUAUGUUCUUCUGUGCUCACUGGCAGACCUAUGUGUCUGGGACUCUCCGCUUUGGACUGGUUGAUGUCACAGAGGUGCAGGUGGCCAUCGUAAUCAUGUACCUGAUGUCUGCUUUUGGAGGCGUGAGCCUUUGGCAAACCACGUUACCUGUCUUGGGACUGAAGCUUUACAUCUUCCCCAUCAUGGGUAUCGUUGGAGGUGCCCUGUACUCCUGCUACAACUACUUCUACGUCAUUUUGAAUGGAGGUGUUGGCAAGAAUGGCUCCACCGUGGCUGACACAAGUGUGCUGAGUCCUGGUUUGCACAUUGGACUCAUUCUCAUGCUGGCCUUCAUCAUUUUCAAGAAGUCGUCCAGCCACCUUUUUGAGCACCACCCUUGCCUGUACCUCCUCACUUUCGGCAUGGUCAUCGCCAAGAUCUCCAACAAACUGGUGAUGGCACACAUGACCAAGAGCGAGCUUCACCUUCCAGACACAGCCUUUAUCGGGCCCGGUCUCCUCUUCCUGAACCAGUACUUCAAUAGCUUCAUAGACGAAUACAUCGUCCUCUGGAUCGCCAUGGGGCUUUCUCUUCUGGAUCUGACGCGCUACUGCACAGGCGUGUGCCUCCAGAUCGCCUCCCACCUACAGAUCAGGGUCUUCAGCAUCACGCCGCCGGGCAACUCCCACCGCGACUGACGGCUUGCCCGGCGGGAGGAGGCGGGUGGAGACGCAGAUCUCAUCCCGCUCCUGAAAGCAGAAAAUGAAGACAGACCCUCGACCCCGAGCCUUGACAGAGUAACCACUUCUGACUGAAACUGCCUCACCUACCAGACGAAAAGAAAAAAAAAAACAAAUAGAUCAAACCAUCCUGACACUGCAAACCAAAAAAAAAAGAAAGAAAACGUGUGGAUCUAUAGAAUGUAGGAGCUCUCCUUUAAUUCCUGGCUGUUAACGCCAAUUGAAUUUUAGUGCAUGAUGUCAAAAAACAAGGUUUUUAUGUUGAAGAGGCUCUGCCUGAUUAUUCAACCUGAAUACCAACGUGCGUAGGUCAUUUAUGCUUUAGGCAAAUAUCAGAGCAUUUUGAUCUCCGAUAAGAGUGCCACCAAAAUGUGUCUGAUUUAUGCCCAGACUAAAUGGUUUCCCUAAUUAAUGUUAUCACAAAUCACUUAUUUAUUGAAAGGAAUAAAUCUGAAUCAGGGCUUUAAAUUGUUGCUUUAAAAAUGUUUUAAAUGACCUUUUAAAACUUUCAACAAUCAUAUUUUCAAUGUGAGCUGGCAGGUUGUCAAAGAGCGCCGUGGGGGGGGUAAAGGUCAUGUGUUGAAGCUGAAAAACAACAACGGGUUCUCUCUCAAGUUGUCCCAACAAAUACCACUCCAGUUGCCAGAUGGGUUUCUUUGUUUGGUUGUUGUUGUUUUUUGGGGGGGGCGGCGGGGAGUUUCCAACCCUUGGCAAAAAAAGAAAAGGGAAAACACACCCUCUGACUUCAGAGCCCCGUCGGCUGAUGAAGCACUAACACUUGACUUGUUCUGCUUUCUCUGUUCUUCUCCCUGAAGGGCUAAAAGUUAAUUAUGUGUGAUUGUAAAGAUAUGAACUGAAGACGCCUUAAAUAUUUUUGUUGUAAUUACUGUUUAACUUGUGAAUAUUUAAAAUGGCUUUUUAUGUGUUGGUUGUUUUUUUUUGUUGGUUUUCUUUCUUUCACUUAAGCACCAGAUACAGCAAUAGUUACAAUAUGACAUCGCUACUGGAUUUUUUUUCCCUGCCUGAUUAAUCAAGUGUUCACUUAAGUGUCUUUCUUUAGUUUUUUUUUUUUUUUGGUCGAGUGAUCUGGUUUUUUGUAACUGUAUAUUGAUGGAAUUUCAAUGCAAAGUUGUAAUCUGACUAACACAAUUCAGGAUUAUUUGGAUCAAAAGGGAUUUUCUGUAGAGGGGAAAACUAUGGGUUAAAAAUGGAGUUCUAGAAUUUAUUUAGCAUAACAUCUUCCUCUUAAAUUCAUCCACAUCUGCAGCAUUGCAGACAUUACAGAUGUGCAUGUUAAAAGAUCAUUUUGCAUCAUUUCUGGACAGACUUUGGAACUAUGCAUUGUCAUGUACAACUUGGACUCCGGACACUUUGUUUCACUGUUCAGUAAAACAGUAAGACAUCUUUCUAAUAAUAGAUGGAAAAUGAAAAGAUUGUAAUAAAGACAAUAUUUUUCAUCCAUUUUGUUGAAUACUGUCGGUGAUGAAACGGUGAAAGUGGGGAAAGGCGAUGUCAUUACAAAGGAAAGAUUAGGCCGACUUUAGUUGGAAAACAUUAGUAUAACUUAGGUUUUGCGAAAAAUUACAUGGAUGGAUAAAACCCCAACCAACUUCUUCCAGGGUGGAGUGGAAAAGGAAACACACACAGCCUGUGAAGCUGCAGGCUGGAUCUGGGUCACACAGCUUUACGGGGGAUGUGACAGCUGAUAGAAGAGACAGGAUUAGUUCUAAACUCAUCAGUCAAAUGCAAAGUUAACAAGACAGCACAGAUGAGUAAAGACCCUGAACAGGCUGUGUAAUCGUCUCAGGAGGCUCCUUAAGACUGGGAAAGGGCAAAGGGUGGAGUUGGUUGCUUGAUUUUGACACAGCAGUUAUGUUUGCUUGCUGAAAUCCAAAGGGGUAAUAGUCCACAACUGCACAUGUUUUUGGCUUCCUUUCAAAUCCACAGGAGGUGAAGAGAAUUACAGGCAGAUCAUCACAGCAAUUACAAAAAAAGCAUCUGACAAGUUAUGAAACAAAAAAAGCAACAAAAAAAA